AUGGCCCAGUGGGGUCCUGAUGCCGUCCCACCCUGUGAGCUCAGGAGAGAGAAUCAGCUGGGCGGACUCUUUGUGAGUGGCUGCCCUCUGCCCGACGCCAAGAGGAGGAAGAUUGUGGAACUGGCUCUGUGUGGGCUGCGGGCUGUUGACAUCUCACACCAACUGAAGGUCUCCAAUGGGUCUGUCAGCAAGAUUCUCACCCGCUACUACAAGGUGGGUGUUGUCCAUCCAAAGACAAGAGGGGGCAGCCGGCCCCGGAUCGCCACUCCUUGGCUGGUAGCUGGGAUUGCCCAGCUGAAGCGGGAGCAGCCGUCUCUCUUUGCCUGGGAGAUCAGGGAAAAGCUGGAGGCAGCAGGCAUCUGCCCUACAAGUGGGAUACCCAGUGUCUCUUCCAUCAACCGCAUCCUGAGACGCCUGGAAGCUCCAGAUGGGCCCCCCUUCCUGAAGAAGCCCCCACAGCCAGGAGAAGGGAAGAGGGGGGGUCCUGCAGAGGCUCCUACUUCCCCAGCCUCCUCCCGGACAGCGGGGGCAGCUGGGCCGCCCAGAACUCAGAGCAGGACCGUCUUCUCUAAGGAGCAGCUGGAGGCCUUGGAGAGCGCUUUCCAGAGAAGCCAAUACCUGGAAGCAGCAGCCUGGGCAGAACUGGCCGGGCAGACUAGACUGCCUGAAGCCACCCUGAGGGUUUGGUUCUCCAAUCGGAGAGCGAGAUGGCGACGGGAAGCCCCUUGGGCACAGCACGCCGGCUCUGGGCUGGCACCUGCAACCCCAGACAGCACUCAAGCUGGGGCCCAGAGGCAGCCUGGCGUCAGCCUGCCUGAAGACCUGGGCUGGGAAGUGCAAGGGCCCUUUCCCUUGGGGCCCCUCGGGGCCUCUCAGAGUGGCCCUGCUUCCCAGGCAGAGCAACUGGCCUGGUUUGGAUUCAUUCACAGCUGCCUGGAAGCCCCCCUUCCUCCCGACCAUUUGAACCCAGACCAGAGACCUCUGCCCUCUUCCCAAUGUCAGGAGGCAAAGGAGAAAAUGUAA